AGUCCUAUUUAUGACCUCAAGAACUUGGUGUUCCCAGCAUGAAAGGAGGUGGCUGGCUUUUGUCCAGUUCUCAUAUCCAAGGGAGCCAGAUACUAGAGGAACAGGCAGUCAGACAUUUUGGAAUCACAAACCAGUUCGGACACUCUUUAGAAUGGAAUCAUCUGGAAUCCUGAGCAUCUUUGUGCUACUCAUCCUCUUUGCACAGGUUCAGGGGCCUGGUCUAAGUGAUUGGCUCUUCCCCAAGAAAUGCCCCAGAGUCAGAGAGAACUGUGAAUUCCAAGAAAGGGACAUGUGUACUAAGGACAGGCAAUGUCGGGACAACAAGAAGUGUUGCGUCUUCAGCUGUGGGAAAAAAUGUUUGGAUGUCCGACAAGAUGUAUGCAGUAUGCCAAAGAAAAUUGGCCCUUGCUUGGCCUACCUUCCGCGCUGGUGGUAUAAUAAAGAAACUGAGCUCUGCACCAAGUUCAUCUAUGGCGGUUGCCAAGGGAACCUUAACAAUUUCCAGUCCCAAGCUGUCUGCUCUGUCACCUGCAAAAGAAAACAUGCGACUUCCUGGAUAGGGUAAAGCAGAGAUGGAACAAACCAUAGGAUUGGCUCAUACUCCAGAACUCUCUCCAUGUGUGCUCAACUGAGGCUUCCUAUUGGCUUUCACUGGCCAGACUUCAGCCAAUUAAAACUUCGGUAUUUAAAAAAAAUAUACGCAGAAUUUUCUUCCUUUCCUCCAAUUAAGCUUC